GCUCACGUGCGGACAGCUCGUAAAUACUGGAGUUUCAGAGCGCACGGGAAAAGAGCAGCACAGCAGCCCGUCCUCUGUGUCCAACACCACCACAGCACCACCACAGCACCACCACAGCACCACCACAGCACCACCACAACACCACCACGACACCACCACGACACCACCAACACCCAACACCCACCACAACCAUCCACCGCCUCAGACACCGACCCACGGCUCUGCGCUGCACCGACAUGGAUGCGCUCAGGUCGGCAGGGCGCGCCAUCAUCCGGAGCCCGAGCCUGGCGAAGCAGACGUGGACCUCGGGCAGACACAGAAAGCUCCCGGAAAACUGGACGGACACGCGGGAGACCAUCUUGGAGGGCAUGACCUUUAACCUUCGACACCUGGGCAUGACGUUAGUCGACCAGCCGAAGGGUCAGGAGCUCUCGGCGGCGGCGGUAAAGCGGAUUGUCGCCACGGCCAAAGUCAGUGGAAAAAAGCCUCAAAAAGUCUCUCUGAAAAUCUCCCCGAACGGCAUCGCUUUGUACGACAGCGCCACCGACAAACUCCUGGAGAACGUGUCGAUCUACAGGAUAUCCUACUGCACCGUGGACAAGCUGCACGAGAAAGUGUUCGCCUACAUCGCCCAGAACACGGUGAACGGGACUCUGGAGUGCCACGCCUACCUCUGCUCCAAACGGAAAGUGGCUCAGGCGGUGGCUCUCACGGUGGCUCAGGCCUUCACUGUGGCGUUUGAAAUGUGGCAAGUGGCAAAAGAAGAAAAAGGGAAACGAGCCAAGUCUGGUUCUGCUGGCGAGUCCAGCAACAGCUCGCGUUCGGAGAGGUCCAACAGUCUGGGGAGUCUCAAAGGAACAGACGUGGCCACGGACAACCUGCUGGACUUUGAUGACCGUGGAAAUGUGCUGGAGACCAAUGGGAACGUGGAGGUGGGGCGUUUGGACAACCACCGGCCUCUAGGGGGCAGUAACGACCAGGAGUGGGAGAUGGAGGACGGUUUGGACGAAGCUUUUUCCAGCCUGGCCGUGUCCCGUAGUCACCCCCAGGUCCUGGACAUUGGGGUGACGCCUCAGGAUUGGCUCGCACAACCCGACUGGGACCGGAACGCGAACGCCAACCGCCGCAACAACUGCUCGAGUCCGUUCGGGGACGACAUCUUUGCCUUCUGACCGCUGCGCCGAUCGCACGAGGGUCCGGAGAGGGGACGGCCAAUCACGGACGAGUUCAGGGAGAGGGACCAGAGAAGCGUCACUGUGUUUGAAACGCCCGCGUAGCUCCGCCUCUUCCUCUUGUCGCACACUUUAAACGGACUGAUAGAAGUGGCCGACACCGUGGCCUCACACACCAAAGCAAUAACACCCACUCACUGUUACUAAAACAUUUAUUUUUGUUUACUCCGUCUCAUUUCAUAAUCAGUAUUUUCUCUCUUUAGUUACAAUGUAUAGUUUUAUAAUUAUUUUUAGUUGUAUAAUUAUUUUUAUAUGAAUAAUAACAGUGUUUUGCGUUUGAUUCAGUCGUUGUUUAAUGUAGAUUAUUGUACAGACAGGCCUUAAUAUCGAGACAAUCGGAUUUGCAAAAAAACAACAUUUAGAUCUUAUUGUGAAUAUGAAGCACAGACGAUAAUAAAUGUUUUUCUACGGAUUCUUCUUCGUGCAAACGUCUGUGGAGGGUCUGCUCCGGGCGUUUGGUGCAGAUUCUCCACAGUGAGGCCUGUUUUGUGUGAAGAGUCUAAAGGGCUGGAUCAUGUGAUGGUCAUUUCAGUGUAAACUAUAAUAAACCAGCAAUGUACAGAAAUAAAGUAAAGAUAUGAAACCCC